AUUUUUAUUACGGAAAGGGAAAUAAUUUUGUCAGUACUGGACCGAAGUGAAACGCUUAAAAGAAGUAGGCCUACACAGAAAGGAAUAAAUGCAGCAUUGCCAUGCCUGUUUGAAAACGAUGGCCUAAAGGAAAACAGUGGAGUGUUCAGCUAUGAAAAGUCUGGCAUCAGUUGGCAUCCUUCUGUGAAUUGAGAACAUAACACAGUGCUUGUGAAGCAUGAGUCAUUUGCCUGUGGAUUUUGUGGCAAGAUUGUUAGUUGAUUGUGUGCAACCAUUUCUGUUAAAACUGUAAGACGGACAUUGAUAUUGGUAGAAUUCAUGGUACAUGUAUGUGGUGUUGUGUCCAGAAAGACGUAACAAAGGGUGAAGCAGAUUUUGAGAAGUAUACACUGUUUUGGAUACAGCUGAUAUGAAGAGAAACCCAAUCUGAUGUACCAGCCAGUUUUCAUAAGCAGAACACUCCAGUGUGCAGUGGCUCAUGUUGAAUAGUGUUUUCCAGUUACAUGUAAUGGCUGAUAUGCAAUGCCUGGUUUGAACUACAUGCAGAGAAUGUUCAAGUGGUCAUCAAGUUUGUAAAGGGAUAUUAUGAGCAUAUGAUAUACAUAUCAUAGUACAUAUCAUUAUGCCAUGUCUAUGCUAUUACUAUGCCAUGCUUAUGCUAUUACUAUGCCAUGCCUAUGCCAUUGAUUCUGUGAACAUUCUUCGUUAAUUAUCUUUCCUUGUAAUACACAAAUAUGCAUCCAGAAGAUAAUCUUCAAUGAUACUUUAUGUUCAGACAAUCAUGAAGAACAAAGCAAAGCUUUUGUUUUUCAUUUUGUAACAGGAUAGUUAUCCUUCUGUUGUAAUUGUAUUCUUUUCAGAGUGUGGUAAACGGGUCUUCGUGUAUGCACAUUGGUACUGGUUAUGUAGUUUCAUGUAUUUAAAACACCAUGAGGGUAAAGAAGAGAUCUCUGGGUAUAUUUGUUCUGGUAUGUUUUACUGUGUAUUUAGUGAUGUGUCUCUGGGCAUAUACGACGGUGGAGAACCGUCUGGCAUCACUGCAGCUGGUUCAGCAUAACACUCACAAUGCUCAGGCAUGGGGGUUUGGUUUCUUCAGGGAACGCUGUCAGUCACGCCAUGUUGCUAAGCACGGUCAUUCGGUAAAGCAGGGAAAAAUUGGGGGGAAAACGGAAGUUGAGUUAUUUAAUCCGGGCGAACAUACGUGUAGUGUUGAGGAUGCAGCAAGAAAGCAUCGUGUUGAUAUUCAGAUGGAGAAAGAAUGGGAUGCAAUACAAACUGGUUACCCACAGUACGUGUACACAGUCAGCGGAUGGAUGCAGGUUAUAGAAAUCCAGUCGUACACGGUGAAAGGCACGGACAGGCCUCUUCAGGUUAUCAUUGUGCCACACUCGCACCAAGAUCCUGGCUGGCUGUCCACCUUUGAGAGCUAUUACUCAUCAUAUACGCAACAGACCUUGUCAACGGCCGUCGGCAAGUUGAUGGAACAUCCUCACUGGAAAUUCAUGUGGGCAGAAGUAUCUUUUCUGGCUCGAUGGUGGAAGGAUGCAGGUGCUACAGAAAAAGAAUAUUUUAAGACUUUGGUGAAAAGUGGGCAGAUUGAGAUUGUCACUGGUGGCUGGGUUGUUAGUGAUGAAGCCAGUGUCCACUACCAGGCCAUGCUUGAUCAGUUAAUAGAAGGACACCAGUGGCUGCAGCAGGUACUUGGAACAGUACCUCAGUCUGCUUGGUCUAUUGAUCAGUUCGGAUACUCUCCAACGAUGCCUUACAUGAUGAAGAGAUCAGGCUUGAAAAAUGUUGUAAUUCAACGAGUAAACUAUGCAGUUAAAAGACAUCUUGCAUCCUCAAAAGAUCUUGAAUUCUACUGGCGUCAGGCCUGGGAUGCACAAGGCAGCACUGAUAUACUCUGCCACAUGAUGCCAUUUCUAUCUUACAACAUUCCUUCGUCAUGUGGUCCCGAUCCGUUUAUUUGUUGCAAAUUUGACUUUAGUCGAAAAAAGUGCACCUGGGGUCAGAGUAAAGUUCCAAUAGUGAAGAUCAGUGAUGAAAAUAUUGCAUCUCUUUCCUGGCAGCUAUGGGAGCAGUUUCAGAAGAAAGCACAGAUAUACAGAAGUAAUGUUUUGCUUGUUCCGCACGGUGAUGAUUUCCGGUACUCAGGAGGUGAUGAGUGGGAUGACCAGUUAGGAAACUUAGAAAAACUGAUGACAUACAUGAACCAAAGCAAGGAUAUGCAUGUGGUUGUUAAGUUUGGGACUGUGUCUGAUUAUUUCAAAGCCUUGGAGAAAGAUAAGCAGUACAUAUCAAAUGACUUUCCGUCUUUCAGUGGUGAUUUCUUCCCUUACAACGACCGUGAUGAUCAGUUCUGGACGGGCUAUUUCACAAGCAGACCUCUGUUUAAGCACAUUGCAAGAAUACUGCAGAGUCGGUUGAGACUAGCUGAGAUUGUUUACUCACUUAGUCUUGUCCGUGCUCUUAGAUCAAAUUCUUACUUGUUCAGCUUACUAAAAACUAAAUAUGAACACCUUGUGUCUGGUAGGCAAGCUCUAGCCCUGUUUGAACACCACGAUGCAAUAACAGGAACGUCUAGGCGUGCUGUUGUAGAAAACUAUGCCAGUAUUAUUCACUCUGCUCUGAAAGACAUAAACGCCUUACUUGCUACACUAAUAACAUCUUUGAUAGUUACACCAGCUUCGUCUUUCUCGGAAGAUAGCCUGAUGGUUCUGACUGAAGAAAGUUCACUUGCAGACGCACCACCAAGGAAUAUUAGGAUUAAUCUUCAGUUUAAAACCGUGCUGGUGCUUACUAAUUCAUUGACAGUUCACAGAAAUGAUGUUGUGAGUGUCAUAGUAUCUAAUCCCAAUGUGGAAGUUGUGGAAAGUGACAGUGGAAAAACAGUUCUUUACCAGGUUAACCCAGUCUAUAGCAGAAAACAUGACUGGGAAACUGGCCAGUAUGAGAUCUUGUUCGAAGUCAACAUAGCUCCUCUAUCUCUAAAAACAUAUCAUUUGGUGCCAAUUACAAAACAGCCCUGGUAUGUCUUAUCAAAAGUGUUGAUGGUAAAUAAGGUGGUGACAGAUUUAAGUAACCUUUUCAAUAUUAGUACAGCAGAACCUGAUCGAACAGAAAUUGCAAUCAGCAAUCAGUAUUUGUUGGCAUCAUUUUCUACAUGCACAGGGUUACUACACCAUAUUCAGAGAAAAGUUGAUGAAUCUAGUUUCAAUGUUAAAAUUAAAUUUGUGACAUAUGGAACAGGAUCAUGGAAGAACCCUUAUAGGGAUAAGAGUGGUGCUUACGUUUUCCUACCUGAUGGACCUGCAAAAGAUACCAGCCUGAUGUAUCCAUCUGUGUUUGUAGUUUCUGGACCUGUUUCCUCAAGUGUUUACACAAAACUACAAGGGGUUGUUCAAAAAGUAACUUUACACAAUAUAGCAGGACCACUUGGCAGUGCCCUUAUAGUGAAUAAUGAUGUCAACAUUGGAACAGGAGGUGAUUCCUGGAACAACAAAGAAUUGGUAAUGAGAUUGGAAACAGAUGUCAAUAACCAUGACAACACAUUUUGUGUGGAUCUGAAUGGUUUUCAGAUGCACAGGAAGAAAACUAGAAGUAAGUUGCCAAUUCAGGGAAACUUUCAUCCUUUGACCACUGCAACCUUCCUCGAAGAUGACUCUAGACCUUUUCGUCUGACCCUUCUCACAUCAGAAGCUCAUGGAAUGGCUAGCCUCAAUGUGGGAUGGCUAGAGGUGGUGCUAGACCGAAGACUGAUGCAGGAUGACUGGAGAGGUCUAAGUGAAGGUGUCACAGACAACCGACCAACUCCCAGUCAAUUUAUGAUUGUGUUAGAAAGGAUGCAGUCACCAACAGCAAAUACAAAAUCUGCUGCAUGCUUUUUGUCAUCCAUGAGUACCCAACUAUCACAGUAUUUAAACAAUCCUAUUCUUUCACUCGUGGCACCGACAACAUCAGUGAACAGGUUUUUACCACACAGGUUACUCCUGACAAGUCCACUUCCUUGUGCGUUAAAUCUUUUAAAUCUCAGAUCAUUUCAACCAAACAAUAUCAUGUCUGCUACGGCUCUGUUGAUUGUACACCAUGCAGGGUUGGAUUGUAGGUUUCCAGAACUAUCUCUUGUUAAAGAGUUGUGUAAAACUAUGAGCAAGUUAAAUCUCAAUAUGUUCACAGAUGUCAGAGUAUCUGCUGCAGUUGAGAUGAAUUUGAGUGGUGUGCAGAAGAAGAGGACUGCCAGUUUGAAUGAAGAAAUUGUCCCACCGAUGGAAAUACAAACGUAUAAAGUUACUUUGAGAUGAUCUACAUGUAUACAUAUUCUCAACAAAAUUCAUUAAGGGCUAAGAGAUAUUUAAAAACUUUUUUCUUAAAAUAUGGUGAAAAAUAAAAUAAAAUAUAGCUUCUUCUAUUAUAAGGUGUCAUCCAUGUGACAUGUUCUUAAAUUUCAGUACUUAAACAACAAGUUAGAGUGAACAAAAUAACAUUACAAACCAGCAUGUAACAAAUCUUGAUCAAAUGCAUAUCGGUAGUUUUUAUAUAUGCACAAAAAAUCCAUUGUGUACAAGAUUUUUGCAUGCAUUACAGGUCAGAUUUGACUGAAUUAUUGUUUUAAAGUUAUCUGUGAUCAAAGCUUGCUAAAAUAUGACAUUAGCAAAAAAAUAUUAAGAAGUCUGUUGGAUAUAUUUUUUUAUAAUGAAGGUGCACAAGAAAGUGUAGUUUAAACUUUUUAUGGGAGAACUUUUUUCCUGGGUAGAAUCACUGAUCAGUCAUUGUUUGUGCCCAGGAUGGAUCUGCCUGAAUCUUCGGUGAAUAUGGGUACAUUAAUUAUAACAGAGGUUGUCUGGGUGAAAUCAAUCUUGGCAUCCAGGAAACAUGUUAUUGAUGUUCUCAGGUUUACUCACUACAUAUACAGGAACAACAACGAUGGGUGAUGGAAUGUUGCCAACACUAGUAUGUCUUGAAACUCUUGAAAAUGAUGGCAUUCUAUUUGACCUGAAUGACCCAAUACCCUUAAUUGUUGCUUGCAACUCUUCCACAAAAGAAGCAAAAUCUAAAAUGUAAGUCUCCAUGAAAAACAUACUGCCAGACAUAUAUAUAUCCAAUACUGAAUUCCAUAGUCAUUUUGGUAUUGGCAACUUAAGGAAUAAACAUAGUAAAUAUUUUCUAUUAAGAUAGUUAUUUGUUUGAAUAUUGUUGAUGAAAAUGCAUCCAAAGAAAAAUGUUAUAAAAUAAAAAGAGCAGAUAACAACAAAUCUAAUGUUGAUUGUGCAAACCGUGCAUAAGAAAACAGUCUUUACGGAGUUUCAAGCAUAAUAGAAUUGGCCAAAGGUCAUCCUGUUUCCCCUCCCAAAACAAAUGUUUGUAAAAAAAUAUUUUAUUGCAUUGACUAAUUUAUAAAGUUUUGUCAGUAUUAUAUACAAUAAGCCCACCUUUAAAAACUCAGCCCACAGCAUACAUGUAUAUGAACAUUCUACAGGAAUAACUUAUGAUGUCCAAACAGAUAGUCAGUAUUGAACAGUCGUGUAUGUCAAGGUCAUAAUGACACACUAAGUUAAAAACCUAUA